AUGGAGCUCAUUCCACCACCGCCGCUCGAGCAAAGAGGCGAGGGAUGCACCAGUCCAGCUCAGGUCCAGCUCAGGUCCAGCUCACGUCCAGCUCAGGUCCAGCUCAGGUCCAGCUCAGGUCCAGCUCAGGUCCAGCUCACUUCCAGCUCAGGUCCAGCUCAGGUCCAGCUUAGGUCCAGCUCACGUCCAGCUCAGGUCCAGCUCAGGUCCAGCUCACUUCCAGCUCACGCCUUCUCCUCUAAGUCCAACAUCCAAACAUCCCAAAACACAUCAGCCGUUAUCGUUCUACUGGACUGUGUCUGCUGUAUGAGUUCUACUGUGGUUCUACUGUGGUUCUACUGUGGUUCUACUGUGGUUGUCCUGUGGUUGUUCUGUGGUUGUUCUGUGGUUCUACUGUGGUUGUACUGUGGUUGUUCUGUGGUUGUUCUGUGGUUGUACUGUGGUUGUACUGUGGUUGUUCUGUGGUUGUCUUGUGGUUGUACUGUGGUUGUUCUGUGGUUGUCCUGUGGUUGUCUUGUGGUUGUACUGUGGUUGUUCUGUGGUUGUACUGUGGUUGUACUGUGGUUCUACUGUGGUUGUACUGUGGUUGUUCUGUGGUUGUUCUGUGGUUGUACUGUGGUUGUACUGUGGUUGUUCUGUGGUUGUUCUGUGGUUGUACUGUGGUUGUUCUGUGGUUGUUCUGUGGUUGUACUGUGGUUGUUCUGUGGUUGCACUGUGGUUGUUCUGUGGUUGUACUGUGGUUGUACUGUGGUUGUUCUGUGGUUGUACUGUGGUUGUUCUGUGGUUGUACUGUGGUUGUUCUGUGGUUGUUCUGUGGUUGUUCUGUGGUUGUACUGUGGUUGUUCUGUGGUUGUUCUGUGGUUGUCUUGUGGUUGUACUGUGGUUGUUCUGUGGUUGUACUGUGGUUGUUCUGUGGUUGUUCUGUGGUUGUUCUGUGGUUGUACUGUGGUUGUUCUGUGGUUGUACUGUGGUUGUUCUGUGGUUGUUCUGUGGUUGUACUGUGGUUGUACUGUGGUUGUUCUGUGGUUGUACUGUGGUUGUUCUGUGGUUGUACUGUGGUUGUACUGUGGUUGUUCUGUGGUUGUUCUGUGGUUGUACUGUGGUUGUUCUGUGGUUGUACUGUGGUUGUACUGUGGUUGUACUGUGGUUGUUCUGUGGUUGUCCUGUGGUUGUUCUGUGGUUGUCCUGUGGUUGUCCUGUGGUUGUACUGUGGUUGUUCUGUGGUUGUACUGUGGUUGUUCUGUGGUUGUUCUGUGGUUGUUCUGUGGUUUUACUGUGGUUGUUCUGUGGUUGUCCUGUGGUUGUUCUGUGGUUGUCCUGUGGUUGUCUUGUGGUUGUACUGUGGUUGUUCUGUGGUUGUACUGUGGUUGUUCUGUGGUUGUUCUGUGGUUGUUCUGUGGUUGUACUGUGGUUGUUCUGUGGUUGUUCUGUGGUUGUACUGUGGUUGUUCUGUGGUUCUACUGUGGUUCUACUGUGGUUCUACUGUGGUUGUACUGCGGUGCUACUGCGGUUGUACUGCGGUGCUACUGUGGUUGUCCUGCGGUUGUACUGUGGUUGUACUGUGGUUGCCCUGUGGUUGUACUGUGGUUGUCCUGUGGUUGUCCUGUGGUUGUACUGUGGUUGUCCUGCGGUUGUACUGUGGUUGUUCUGUGGUGCAGACUAGUAAUUUGCUUUAGCUCAUGGUGCAACAGGCCAUCAAAGUAA